AUGCCUUUCAAAUAUACUCCAGCUGCCAAGGGUAAAGAGGUCAAUCCACCUCAGAUCCCAUCACCAGGCAACAACUCUUUCUUGGGUGACAUCUUCACCUCCGAAGCUCCUUCUGAUAAGCAGAUAUCAUGCGGUUUCUACAAACAGGAGGCAGGUGAACCUUUGGAAUACUAUUACGACUAUGAUGAGAUGAAGAUCAUUUUGGAAGUUGAGGGCGAGUACACAAUUGCCGACGAGACCGGAAACAAGGUUUCUGUUGCUCCAGGUGACGUUUUCUACUUCCCCAGGGGUACCACCAUCACUUUCCAGACUACUGGUUACGGAUAUGCUUUCUUCUGUGGUUUGAGACCUAAUGGCACUGCUUAA